AUGAUUGUUCAUUGUCUCCCAGAAGAGCCUCCUUAUCUUGCUGUCAAAGAAAAAUUUUCUGGCUUUUAUCUUCCUGGAGACAUUCCAAACUACCACAAAUACAGGUAUUAUUAUGGUCAAUGGUACCUAGAUUAUGCUUUCUUAACCAAUUACCUUGUCAGGAUUGAAAAAGCUUAUUAUCAACGUUUGCACAUUUCAUUCCCUGAUUAUUAUUAUAACAAUCCAGUAGGGAAUAAUCCUCUUCAAGGUCAUCAGUCCGAAAGUUCUUCUUCUUCUUCUUUAGGGGGAAAUCAAGCAGAAAAUAGGGAACAACAACAGGACGACAGUUCACUUAUGGAGAUAUCAAAUCCAAAUCACCUCCAACUCCGAUUGUUAUCGAAAUCUCAUCUGAUGAGGAGGAAGAGGGGGACUUUGUACAAGAGAAGCAAAAUGGCAGGGGGAAAUACUUCUGGCAAUGAUGGAAAUGAUUUGAGUGAAGUAAUGAGACAGUUGGCGGUUGUAGCCCAACAAUUGGCCAGGAAUGUGGAUGCACAGGGUGAACUUUUUAAUAAGGUGGCUCAAAGUAAGCCACCAACCUAUCAAGGAGAACCUUACCAUACCAUAUUAGAAAAUUGGUUAAGGGAGUUUGAGAAACUGUUUGAGGCAGUUGGGUGCCUUGAAAAUUCUAAGGUAGGUUGUGCUACUUAUUACCUGAGAGGUGAAGCUGAUCUUUGGUGGCAGCAAAAUGAGAGAACUAUUAGAGCUCUACCGGGAUUCAAUUGGACUAGGUUCCAAGAAAAUGUGAGAGACAAGUUUUACCCUAGCUUCUUACAUAAGCAAAAGGCUGAGGAGUUCUCAAACCUCAGAAUGGAGGAAAUGUCAGUGACAAAGUCCAUCUCUACAGAGAAGGCAAAAUCUAGGAAGUUUGAGAGUGGUUUGACUAAUGAUUUACAGCUGAAGUUGUGUGGACAAGUGUUUGAAACCUUGGAUGAAGUGUAUGGUAGAGUUGCACACUUGUAUGCUCUCGAGCUGAAGAAAAAGAAGGAAUUAACUGAUGUGGAAGUAAAAGAAAAGAGGAAAGAGGUGGGGAUGAACUCGGGGAACCAACAGGGUAACCAGAACAAUUUCAAGAAGCAGAAAUACCACCAUAACAACAACAACUUCCACAACAACAACAACAACAAUUCUCAAGGUAACAAUUGUCAAAGAGGACGUAACUUCAAUGGAGGGGCUAGAAACAAUGACCAAGGGAAUAACAGAAAUGAGAGGCGUUAUUUUUGCAAAAGGUGCAAGAAUAACCAUCCUGGAAGGGACUGUGAUGGAAAUUUGGUGUUUGUCGUGCUUGUAACAAGAGGGACCCAAAGGAACUUUCAGGGAAACAACAAUAACUUCAAUGGAAGUAAGGGAGCGCAACAGAAUGGAGAAAAGAACAACAAUAACAGCAACAAUGGGAACAAUCAGCAGAAAAGUGGAGUUGCAGGACAAUUGAAUGUGUUAAGUAGGCAUGAGAUUGAUUCCACGAAAGAUGUCAUCACUGGUACUUUUUCUAUUCACUCUAUUCCUGUUAAAGUUUUAUUUGUUUCUGGUGCAACUUUUUCUUUCAUUUCAAAAAGAAUUGUUUCGAAACUUAAAGACUCUUUGAAAACAGUAGAAGUAGUAGAUUUACCAAUAACCAUUCAACGGGUGGGGUAG